CAGUGAAGAACCUGGUUCAUCAAGAUAACACGUGUGGGUUUAGCUUCGGUGUCCUAGCAUUGGAGGUAAUAGCUGGGCAGAUGAAUGCGAGUUUUCAUCAACUAAGCAUUCUACAACCUUAUAGGACAUGGAUGGCAAGACAUUAGUUUCGUCCAACCAAAGAUUUGAAAUGGGAUUUUUUGGUUCUACUACACCAUCUCGACACACAAGGUACCUGGGAUUGUGGUACAAGAGUAUAGAGUCUGGUAUAAUAUGGGUUGGCAAUAGAUUGAAUCCACUUGGACAUGGUGCAAGGCUUGUAUUCAAUGCACAAGGAUUCAUUUUUCUCCAAGAUGAUACAGGAAAGAAGGUACGGAUUUAUACGCCAAAACAGAUUGUUCUCUGGCCAGUUUUGCAGCUCCUAGAUUCAGGAAUGAAGCUUGGUUGGGACCCGAAAACUGGUCUUAACCCAGCCAUGAAUUCCUGGAGGACAAGUGAUGAUCCAGCUCCUGGUGAGUAUUUCUUCAGGUUAGAGUCAGGUGAGUCAGGUCAGUCACUCCAACUAGUUCUUGAGAAAAAACAGCAAAGAGCUUCAAGGUGGGGUCCUUGGGAUGGACAAAUAUUCAGUGGCGGUGAUGCCCUCAUGGACGACCUGGUACUCAGACCAGUAUUUAACUCCAAAACUGGUGCAUUUUAUGUUACAUUUGAAGCCAAGAACGACAGCAGAUUGAAACUGUCACUGAAUCCAGAGGGCAAGAUACAGUUCCUGAAAUGGACAAAUGCCACUGGCUGGAUUCAAGUGAAGGUCCUGAAUAAGGACAUAUGUGACAAUUAUAGGACUUGUGGGCCUUAUGGAGUUUGUUUCGUUGAGAAUCCAUCCUGCCGGUGUCCUGAUGGUUUCACGGCUACAUCACCAGAUGACUGGGACAAGAUGGAUUAUACCAACGGAUGUAGGAGAAUGACUCCUCUUAAUUAUACUGAUAAAGAUGUGUUUGUGAAGAAUACUGGACUGAAGUUGCCUGAUAAUGCAACUUACUGGGGAAUGUUGUCCCCCAAGGAGUGUGGAGAGAAAUGCUUGAAUGAAAGAUCGUGCAUGGCUUAUACUAACAUCAAUAUCAACAGAAAUGGCAGCAAAUGUUUCGUUUGGUUGGGAGAUUUACUUGAUAUGAGACGUUCGGAAAAAGCUGGGAAUGACAUCUAUAUACGGAUGACACACGGAAGACUAGAAGCAGCUGUUGCCCAUGGGAAAAGGAAAAGGAAAAUGAAAACGAAAUGGAUAAUAUGUGUUUCUUUAACCUCAAUGCUGGCACUUCUUAUCUUGUCUCUACAUUAUCAGGUCCGGCGUCAUGCAACAAAGACAGAUGUGCUAGAUGAACCACAAAUUAAUCAGCCUGGAAACUCUGUAGAAGCUUUGCUGCAGGGCGCAGAUGUCAUUGCAUAUGAUUACAGUGCUCUAUCUGCAGCCACUAACAAUUUCUCGCUGUCUAAUAAGAUAGGGAAUGGUGGAUUUGGCAAUGUUUAUAAGGGUGUAUUAGAUACUGGAGAAGAAAUAGCAGUGAAGAAGCAGGAAGUGACUUCACGUCAAGAACGAGGAGAUAAGGAGUUUGAGAAUGAAGUCAAAUUAAUAGCAAAGCUUCAGCAUCGUAACCUAACCAAGUUAUUGGGAUACUGCAUUCAUGGAAACGAAAAGUUCCUGGUCUAUGAGUUCAUGGCCAAUAAUAGCCUCGACAAGGUCAUAUUUGAUUCUGCAAGAAGGGGUACAGUAACAUGGCCAAUGCGCUUUAACAUUAUUAAAGGAAUUGCAAAAGGAUUAGUUUACUUGCAUCAUGAUUCGAGGUUGACAAUAAUCCACCGAGACUUAAAAGCUAGCAAUGUCUUGCUAGACAGAGAGAUGACACCCAAAAUAUCUGACUUUGGGUUGUCAAGGGCUUUUGAAGAUGAUGUUGAAGAAAAGACUCAGUAUGUAGUUGGAACACGUGGUUAUAUGCCACCUGAAUACUUAGAAGAUGGACAUUAUUCAACAAAAUCAGAUGUGUUUAGCUUUGGAAUUUUGGCAUUGGAGAUUGUCAGUGGCCAAAAGAAUUGGGGUUAUCACCACCCAGGCUAUGAUAUUGGUCUAGUAGGCUAUGCUUGGAAAAUUUGGAAUGAAGGGAAGGCCAUAGAACUAUUGGAUCCAAUGAUAGAACAAUCAGGCAAUAGGAAUGAAGUUUUACAAUGCAUCCUUGUUGGGCUCUUGUGUUGUCAACGACGUGUCCAAGACAGACCUUCAAUGGUUCAGGUGUUUUCCAUACUAGAACAGAAUGAAACUUCAAGGUUAAAUUGUGUGCCAGUGGAACCUUACAUCCCUAGAGAGUGGAGUAACAGUUUCAGGAGUCGCGACAGUGUGAAUGGGGUAACUAUUACUGAACUCACUGGAAGAUCAUGAUGACCUAAUUUCAAGAAACAAAUGCACAGAGAACAAACUCAGUUAAUGUAAGUAGGUCUCAAGUCUUUUUUCUUAUUCCGCUUACUAGUAUAACUUGAAACUAUGAAAAUGGCAUUCCUGCUGGCAAACAACCCAAGAAGCUUAAUUUUUGGAGCUUGCAAGUGGGAAUUCUAGGGAAAUUACUGUUGCUAAGAAAAGGAUCAUUUAUCACCCUUUAUAUGACCUUUUCUAACUUAGAAUUUAUGUAUCUUGUUGAGUUUUGAGUGACUUCAUGCAAUGCAAGACAUUAUAGUUAUUCUAUAUAUUUCG